CCUUAAAACUCAGUAAAUAAGGGUCAAUUUUCAGUACUAGUACACCAGGAUUAGCGUCAGUCCGCCUGCUAACUGAAACAUACAUCUGCGCUUGUGCCAUAGCUUGUGCAGGCAAAGCCGCGGGUAGAAGCUAGUUUUAUCAAAAGGUACAACUAAACAUAGGUUAAUUCCAAUUUGGGUAAGCUGGGAAGGAAAAUAAAUAAGUCAAAUUGCUUCUGAAGCAAUAAGCAAGCUCCUGUAAGCAAACAACACAAUAAACCAAUUAGUCGAUUAAGAUCCAUUAAGAUAAGACGUAUUAUUUACCACAAUAGCAAUUACACCAUUUGACUGAAUUUAGAAGACAUAAUAAUAGGUGGUUAAUCUAAAUAUCUUAAUGGAUUAAGUAGUAUGACUUUCUGAUAUGCUUUAUUACGCAUGAUCAGUGCGUGCUCUAGGUUCCUACGUAUUUUCCAGGAAAAUUCGUGUAAAAACACGCAUUUAAAAGGAAAAAUUGUAGAAACUACUUCUAAGUGACUUGAAAAAGCUUAAUACUGGUUAUUUACUUGAUUGGAAGCAGACACCAUAAUUUUAUUACAUCAUAAAGUAGUUACCAGGAGUCCAGGAUGUCGGAAAGAAAAAAAGACCACAGAAAAAGAAAACCAACCGCAAUAUUCAGCUGUCUCGCUCGCACGAAGUCUAUCAUGGAGUCUACCAAGGACUCCAUAGCUCCUGUAUACGAACUUUACGCGGGCUUCUGCCGAGAAACCACUUUGCAUGGAUUAAAACAUACUGUAAAAGACCAAGUGCACUGGUGCGAAAGGUUCCUCUGGUUCGUGCUGACCCUCAGUGCCUUCUUCGGUGCGGUCUACUGCGCACUGAGCCAGCUAUCCAGGUACAACGUGGAGCCGGUGGUGGUGUCGAUGCAGCGCGACUACCGGCGCUGGUGGAGCACCUUCCCCGCCGUCACCGCCUGCUUCACCGACCGCGUGGAGCCCGACAAGGCCAAGCUGGCCAUCGAGAUGAACUGGAACGUGACAGAAGAGUCUGACCCGACCCGCUACGCGUACUACGCCGGCUUCAUCGACCUGGUGACCGACGUGUCCUUCAGGAGCAACCUGCAGAACUUCUGGAAGUACCAGAACGAUGAGUCCGUCAGGGGCAUUGAUCUGCUGCAGCUGGCUCUGAGCGUGCACCCGACUAUACUGCUGAAGGUCAUGGUAUCGGACUCUAUUAAAGAGGUGUUCUGGAUGCCAGUCAUGACAGAGGUGGGCAUGUGUCUGACCUUCAACUCGAUGUAUGCGAGGUUCCAGUUCAUGCUGCCAGACCUGGAAUGGCACCAGACUGAACUGCAUAAAUGCCACUACCAUAGCGGGCAGUGCUAUGUCAGGAUCGACUCCGUGAACAAUGGUGUUAGGUAUUUCGUCCAUUCUCCGUUCGAGAUAUCCACCGCAAUCUCCAAUCCGACUGGAGAGGUAAUGCCGGGGGAGGAGCUGAUUAUCGACUUUAAGGCUGUCGAGAUCCAGGCUUCACCAAGCGUGAAGAAGCUCCGACCUGACCAGCGCCGGUGCCAUUACCCUGAUGAGUGGAUCAGCGACUCUGUCAGGGCUUACAGCUUCGGACUUUGCCAGAUGCACUGCAGGAACCGAAUGGCGCUGAUGUUUUGCGGAUGCCGGCCUUUCUUUUAUGUCAAAGGAGUUCUGCCUUUCGGGAUCGAUGUUGGAUUAUUGGGUGUUGCUGCGUAUUAUUUGACGAGAUUGAAGAAGCCACAAUACAAUAAUGUGGUCAGUAUCUUCGGGCCUGAGGCUGGAAGCAAGGAGAGCGAACUACAUCCCGAAAAAGUGGUGCGAUGUAUCGCGCACAGAGGCGCGGGCUUGGAUGCGCCAGAGAAUACUUUGGAGGCCUUCAAAUACUGUGUAGACCACGACUGCUACUUUGUGGAGCUGGACGUGAGAUCCUCCCGGGACGGUCAGUUAGUCCUUCUCCAUGACCAGGGCCUGGAGAGGCUGGCCGGGACCAGCGUGUCUGACGUCAGGGUCAUGGACUGGGAGUCUAUCAAAAACAUCGAUAUAGGGGCUACACAUCCUAAUAGGCACCAUUUCAAGGAGGUGCACCUGUGUCUUCUAGACGAUGCGUUGGACUACUUGCUGGAACACAAAGUGCGCAUGAUCAUCGAUGUCAAGGGGGAAGACAAACAGGUCAUCAACGGCAUCCUAAAUACAUUCUCUAACAGACCUUCACUGUACCAGUACGCGGCUGUGACGUGCUUCAACCCUUUCGUGCUGUACCAGAUCCGCAAGAAAGACCCGCAGAUCGUAGGCGCGGUGAGCUACCGUCCGUAUUGCUUCAGCGCCCAGGAUUACGACGCGGAGAACGGACCCAACCGACCCAGAUACGGCGAGAAUCUCCCGCUCCACGCGGUCCUACGCUUAGCAGACGCUCUCCAUUCGCUCGCCUGGCGCUGGGCGGCGCGCUGGUGCGGCGUGAGUGCUGUCCUGCUGCACAAGGACGUGGUCAGCCCUGCCGAGGUGCAGUACUGGCGGUCGCUAGGCAUUCGCUGCGCCGGUUGGUGUGUGAACAGGCCUUUGGAGAAACUGUACUGGCGCGGAGUCCUCAAGGCGCCCUAUUUGGCCAACACGCUUCUCGGGGAACCAGAUAUCGAGAAGAGAGCCGAAGCGAAAGAACGUGAUACCGACGAGAACGAACGCGCCGGUCCGCUCGUUGACAAACUCUUGGAGCCGGAACGGCGAAUGUCCUCCGGGCAGAACUAGGCGUUUAAAAAACAAAAUGUCACUUUGACAGCGCGGAUUCUUGUUCUGUUUAAAAGACAAAAUGUCAC